AUGUAUCCUAGAGGAGAAAGACUGGAGAAAUGUACUGAUGAUGAGGGGAAAAAAAGAGGAAGCGGCGGUGCGAGGGCUGCGGCACAGCUAGCAGAGCCGUGGUCCGGACCGCAGCGCGUGCCCGAAGCUCUCCGCCUUCCCCCGCCCGCCAGCCCGAGGCAGCCCGAGCCCAGCCCGCGGCCCCAGCAGCAGCCCCGAGAGCACCCCAGUAGCAGCGCCGUGGCCGCGUGGAACGCCUACAACGACAACCUCAUGGCGGAAGGGACCUGUCAGGACGCGGCCAUCGUGGGCUAUAAGGACUUGCCCUCCGUCUGGGCAGCCGUCCCCGGGAAAACCUUCGUCAACGUCACGCCAGCUGAGGUUGGUGCCCUGGUUGGCAAAGACCCGUCAAGUUUUUACGUGGAUGGGCUAACGCUUGGGGGCCAGAAAUGGUCUGUGAUCCAGAACUCACUGCUGCAGGACGGGGAAUUUACCAUGGAUCUUCGUACCAAGAGCACCUGCAGAGCCGCCGCCUUCAAUAUCAUUGUUGCCCUGAAUGCCAAGAUGCUAGUCCUGCUGAUGGGCAAAGAAGGUGUACGGGGUGGUAUGAUCAACAAGAAAUGUUAUGAAAUGGCCUCCCACCUGCGGCGUUCCCAAUACUGA